UAUUUUCUACUAUCUCAUCUUCUGUCAAAACAAAUUGAAAACUAAUUUCAAUCAAGCUGGUGGCAUUACAGUAAAGAGAAAAAGGGGAUCUGAACAACUACUUUCACCACCAUCUUCAAUGGUAUAGAGAUUUGGUUUGAGAAGUGUAAAUGGCGUUUUCUUCGUUGUCUCUCGGCAGAUGGAGUUCAAGCAACAGUAAUCAAAGGUGUUGUGUUGAUCCAGUGAAAUGAGUGUUCUUGAUGGGUGAAUUAAUUGAAGACAGUGGUGAGCUUUGUUUUCUCAAACUAAUGGGUGGAUGCUGCCAGAUUUGGUAAGACGGGUUGUAGAGCGUUAGGGCAUGUUCUUGGAUACUGAAUUAGUGGAGGUGUCGUCGAUUCAUGGCUGCAGAUGAUGGGUGUUGAUCGUGGUGGUUGUAUGCAGCUCUGUAAUCAACUGAAACUGAGUUCGAUUAAGGGUUGAUUGCAACUGGUGGUUAGAAGCAGUUGAAUCGAUUGGUAGUUCUAGAAGUGGCUGCAGUUCUCGUACACAGCAACAGUUCGUUAUGGGUUUGAACAUGGAAGAACUGGUGGUGGUUCUACAACAACAGCAACACAGCAACAAUUCUGGGGGUUCCUACAUGAUCAAAAAUUGGGUUAAUCCAAACUCUCGAGAAGAUCUAAAAGACAGUAGUGAUUGUUAGUGACACUGGAAUCUGGGGUUUGGUCUAACGAUGGUGCUGAUGGUGCAAUUAUAUUCCACGGUGAAAUACUUGCUAGCAGUGGGACUGAACUGAAGUUUGCUGUUGGCUAGGGAGAAUGCAUUUGGUUGAGCCAGGUGCUUACAAGAACAUGGAGAAGAAGAUAGGGUAUGUUGUUUUAACUGGAUGGAGAAUAAUGAACUGGCAGUAUUGUGGUUGCAUCGGUUUAAUGGGUCUGAAAUGGUCGGGGCAAGUGGUGCUGGUGUCAUGAGUUCGAUCUACAUUAUGUACCCGACUGUUUGAGCUGCGAAUGACUUAUUCAACAGCAACAACAAUGGAUUUUUGGUGGUGGCCGUAUACAGAAGUUGAGUCGAGAAGGGUGCGGACCAUAAUAUGGUCAGAAUCAGAAUUGGUGCUGUUUCCUUCAAGUCAAAUACAGGAAACUGAUUUCAGUUGUGGUAGGCAGAAAUAUGUAGAAGACUUACAGCUAUAUGGAGUGUUUUCCCCAAUUCAGGAAGUGUUUGGAUUUAGUAGAGAAGAAGUCAAGUUGUUGUUGUAUAAAAGGAGAAGAACCAACCAAGGGGGAGUAAGAUAGCUCUAAAGACUUGGCGAAAUUAGGAGCUGCUACGGGUGCAGGGAAUCAAUGUCGUUGCUUUAGUUGUGAUUAGGCUGAAAUUUAGCCGAAAUCACAGCCAUUUGGGUAACAUUGUAUCUGUUUCUUGUUUCUUUUGUGUAUGCAAUAUUCUAGGCCUGAUCAAUUCAAUCGAUUAGUUAGAUUUCACCGUUUUGCUAAUAGGGUAUUAGAGAAUCACCCUAGUCAUCCAAUGGCGGAUGAAGCUGAGAGAUUAGCGGUUGAGAAUGAAGCUGCUAGAAUAGCUGCUGAGGCCGCAGCCAACGCUAAUGGACCUAGAACCCUUAGGGAGUAUUUACAGCCGCAAAGGAAUUCUACACCUUCUUGUAUAGUUCUUCCGGCUAAUGCUGGCAAUGUGUCGAUAAAAUAUGGGCAGAUACAAGCACUGCCUAAGUUUCAUGGAUUGGACUCUGAGAGUCCAUACAUACAUUUGAAAGAAUUUGAUGAGGUUUGUGCUACUAUGCCUUUUGUUGGUGCGAAUCAAGAUGUCGUGAAACUGAAAUUGUUUCCAUUUUAUCUAAAGGAGAAAGCUAAGGCUUGGCUGCAUUCUUUGCGACCAAAUACCAUUAGGACAUGGAAUGGAAUGAUUAGAGAGUUUCUGAAAAAGUUUUUUUCAAUUCACAAAACAAUCACUCUUAGAAAAUGUAUGAUGAAUUUUUCUCAAAAGGAAAAUGAGUCGUUUUUUGAGUGUUGGGAGAGAUUUAAAGACUUGCUUUCUAGCUGCCCUCAUCAUGGUUAUGAAAUUUGGAGAGUAAUUAACUUCUUUUAUGAUGGUCUGGAUUCAUGUAUACGUCAGUUUGUUGAAAUGAUGUGUAAUGGGAAAUUUCUGAAUAAGUCACCUGAUGAUGCUUGGACUUACUUCGAUUCACUAGCAGAAAACUCCCAGAAUUGGGACACUUCAGGCACGGCGGAUGGAAAUAAGUCCAAAGCUUUAGCUAGCUCUAGGCCUGGAAUGUAUGUGUUGAAUGAAGAACAUGACUUGAAUGAUAAGAUUGUUGGUUUGCAUAGGAAAGUUGAUGCGAUUCAGAAACCAAAUGUAGUUAAGGUAGCUGACCCGGCUGAACAUGCUUGUGGUAUUUGUGAAAGUCUGGAACACUACACUAAGGAUUGUCCUACAAUCCCAGCAUUUCAAGAAGUGUUACAUGACCAAGCGAAUUCCAUAGAUACUUACAAAAGACCAUUUAACUCCCCAUAUUCAGAAACGUACAAUCCAAAUUGGCGACCAUCCUAAUUUCAGUUGGAGGAAUGGUCCUACAAUGAAUGGUGUUAAUGUUCCCCAAGGGUCUUCAUCUAGUAACCCUUAUGUGCCACCUCAUAAGAAUUCACUUGAGGAUACUUUACAUACUUUUAUGCAGGGACAGACACAAAUAAAUCAAAAUGUUAUGAAGACUUUAGAUGAGCUGAAAACUAGCAUAGUUAGAAAUUAAUCACUCUCAAUGUUAGGGAGAAAGGGAUAUUGCCUUCCCAAACUCAACCUAACCCCAAAGGCCAAUUUGAGGUUAAAAAUUCUAACUUGGAGCAAGCUAAUGCUGUCACCACUCUUAGAAGUGGUAAGGUGAUUGAGACUCCGAUGAAGGUGAAAGAACCUGAGAAGUCUCUGAAGUUUAAGAAUAGUUACAGUGAUACUCAAAAUGAACAUUCUGAAAUUGAUAGAAAGAUGCAUGCUCCAUUUCCUCAUCGUUUAUUGUCUACUAAAAAGAUGGCUGAUAAUAAGGAUAUCCUUGAUGUUUUUCAGCAGGUGAAGAUCAACAUACCUCUCUUGAGCGUGAUUAAGCAAGUUCCAGCUUACGCCAAGUUCUUGAACGAUCUCUGCACGGUCAAGAGGAAGCACAAUGUGCAGAAAAAGGCAUUUCUCACGGAACAGGUAAGUUCUAUUAUUCAACAUAACACUCCUCCCAAAUAUAAAGAUCCGGGAUGCCCUACUAUUUCCCGUAUAAUAGGUGAUUUCAUGAUCAAACAAGCACUUCUGGAUUUGGGAUCUAGUGUAAACUUCCUACCUUUCUCGGUUUAUGAGAAGUUGGGCUUUGGUGAAUUAAAGCCUACCUCAGUCACUCUACAACUUGCGGACAGAUCCGUUAAAGUACCGAGAGGGAUAGUUGAGAAUGUGUUAAUUCAAAUCGAUAAAUUUUACUAUCCGGUGGAUUUUAUCGUUUUGGAUACUCAACCUGUAGCUAAUGCUAGUAAAGAAAUACCUGUCAUCUUAGGUCAUCCUUUUCUUGCAACUGCAAAUGCCUUGAUUAAUUGUCGAACUGGAAUAAUGAAUCUUUCAUUUGGAAAUAUGACUGUUGAGUAGAAUAUAUUUGAUGCAUGCAAAGGUCCAGGUCGUAGUGAUGAUAUUCAUGAAGUUAAUAUGAUUGAAACAUGUGUGCAGGGAAAAGCAUCUCAUCUAGAAGCUAAGGUUCAUUUAGAAGCUUGUCUUCUUAAUAUAUUGGAUUUAGAUGAGGAUGGAUACAUUGAAGAAGUUAAUUCUUUACUGAAUUCAUCCCUGUUGCUGGAAACGGAUAAGUGGCAGUCUAGAUUUGAGUCACUUCAAAUCAGUGAGACUGAGCCAUUGUCUCCAUCUGUAGAAUUCCCAAAGCCUGACCUCAAUCUCCUUCCUAAUGAACUGGAUUAUGAUGUUUUUUUUGGCCAAAAUGGAGAUGUUCAAGUUUUCUUACCAUCUGAACUUAAUGAGGAACAGAAAACGAUGCAUUUAGAUGUUGUUAGGAAGCAUGUAAGUGUCGCAGGAUGGAGUAUUGCAGACAUAAAAGGGAUUGAUCCUAUUACUUGCGCUCAUAUGAAGUCACAGCUAAAUGAGCUUCAUCGGAUCAGAAAUGAGGGUGAUUCGAACUGUAAAUGUAAAAUGAAAAUGUUUCUUGAUAAGCAUGCUAUUAGGGAAAUAGUUGAAUCAGUUUUUUGCUACAAUUCUAAUUUGCAUUUGUUUUCUGAUAAGCUCAAGUCACGACGGAAAGACCCAUUUAAUUUUAAAAAUGAAUUUCGUUAUUGUACUGUUGGCAUUCAAAAUCCUAAUGAUAGCAACAUCUUCAAGGUUAAUGUGCAGCGUUUGAAACCAGUUUUGGAACUUGUGAAUCCAGAAGUCGAUACCACGACUCUGGAGGAUCCUUCUUAUGUUUGAUUGGUUGUGUUUUGCAGAUGUCUGGCUGGAGACAUAAAAUUCAGCGCUUUAGGGAGACAACCCUUGUGUUUGUGGGUAUCACAGCUGGAAGCCCUCACGAGACAAAAACUCGUCCUCUUAUGCGAGCUUGAGGUUUAAAGGCUUGUUGCAUGGGCUAAAUGCAACCUAACUGACCUGCGACAGUGGAAUUACAAGUAUAAUCUGUUCACCCAGAGGAUAAAUGGCUUAGAAACUAAAUUGGCGCUUGCGGCUUGCAAUGCCAAAGGAGUCAGAGCUUCAUUGAUGAAACCGUGGGCUACCAAAUUGAUUUAGUCGCAUCCACCACACAAGUUCACGGCCUGGAGAUAGUCUGGUGGAUUUCUUUGUGCACUCGAGUGGUUACAUAUGUGAAAGUCACUAAUGGGUUAAAGAACCAAGUGGGGUGACGUGUUAAUUUUUUCCACCACACCUUGUCUGUGAUAUUUUCUACUAUCUCAUCUUCUGUCAAAACAAAUUGAAAACUCAUUUCAAUCAAGCUGGUGGCAUUCCAGUAAAGAGAAAAAGGGGAUCUGAACAACUACUUUGACCACCAUCUUCAAUGGUGUAGAGAUUUGGUUUGAGAAGUGUAAAGGGCGUUUUCUUCGUUGUCUCUCGGCAGAUGGAGUUCAAGCAACAGUAAUCAAAGGUGUUGUGUUGAUCCAGUGAAAUGAGUGUUCUUGAUAGGUGAAUUAAUUGAAGACAGCGGUGAGCUUUGUUUUCUCAAACUAAUGGGUGGAUGCUGCCAGAUUUGGUAAGAUGGGUUGUAGAGCGUUAGGGCAUGUUCUUGGAUACUGAAUUAGUGGAGGUGUCGUCGAUUCAUGGCUGCAGAUGAUGGGUGUUGAUCGUGGUGGUUAUAUGCGGCUCUGUAAUCAACUGAAACUGAGUUCGAUUAAGGGUUGAUUGCAACUGGUGGUUAGAAGCAGUGUAAUCGAUUGGUAGUUCUAGAAGUGGCUGCAGUUCUCGUACACAACAACAGUUCGUUAUGGGUUUGAACAAGGAAGAACUGGUGAUGGUUCUACAACAACAGCAACACAGCAACAAUUCUGGGGGUUCCUACAUGAUCAAAAAUUGGGUUAAUCCAAACUCUCUAGAAGAUCUAAAAGACAGUAGUGAUUGUUAGUGACACUGGAAUCUGGGGUUUUGUCUAACGAUGGUGCUGAUGGUGCAAUUAUAUUCCAUGGUGAAAUACUUGCUAGCAGUGGGACUGAACUGAAGUUUGCUGUUGGCUAGGGAGAAUGCAUUUGGUUGAGCCAGGUGCUUACAAGAACAUGGAGAAGAAGAUAGGGUCUGUUGGUUUAACUGGAUGGAGAAUGAACUGGCAGUAUUGUGGUUGCAUCGGUUUAAUGGGUCUGAAAUGGUCGUGGCAAGUGGUGCUGGUGUCAUGAGUUCGAUCUACAUUAUGUACCCGACUGUUUGAGCUGCGAAUGACUUAUUCAACAGCAACAACAAUGGAUUUUUGGUGGUGGCCGUAUAUAGAAGUUGAGUCGAGAAGGGUGCGGACCAUAAUAUGGUCAGAAUCAGAAUUGGUGCUGUUUCUUUCAAGUCAAAUACAGGAAACUGAUUUCAGUUGUGGUAGGCAGAAAUAUGUGGAAGACUUACAGCUGUAUGGAGUGUUUUCCCCGACUCAGGAAGUGUUUGGAUUUAGUAGAGAAGAAGUCGAGUUAUUGUUGUAUAAAAGUUGAAGAACCAACCAAGGGGGUAGGCCUGAUUUCUAAAUUCUCUUUACUGGAAUUUCUUUAAUUAGUUCUCUUUUGUGUUAGAUUAUUCAUUCAAUAUUUUUUAUGGCUUUCUACACAACUAUGAGAAGCUAAACCCCUCUCUGCCAAGACAAGAGGGGAAGCUUAAUGGGUUCAAUGUUCUUAAGUUAUCAUCAAUAAAUAGUUUUAAUGCUUAAUCCAUUUCAUCUUUGUUUGAUUGCAA